GGUUUCCGGCCGCGGCGUGAGGGGCGGGGCGGGCGCUGUGGAGAGUCGGUUGGCUGGUGCGGGGCGUGCUCGGAGACGGUGGGAAAGUCGGACAGAAGCUGCGGCGCUCUCCCCGCGGGCAGGCUGACAGCACGAUGAGUCUGCAGUGGACCGCGGUGGCCACCUUCCUCUACGCAGAGGUCUUUGCUGUGCUGCUGCUGUGUAUUCCCUUCAUCUCCCCCAAAAGGUGGCAGAAGAUUUUCAAGUCCCGCCUGGUAGAGUUGGCUGUGACCUAUGGCAACACCUUCUUCGUGGUGCUCAUUGGCAUCCUCGUGCUGCUGCUCAUUGAUGCUGUGCGUGAGAUUUACAAGUAUGACGAUGUGACGGAGAAGGUGAACCUGCAGAACAACCCUGGAGCGAUGGAGCACUUCCACAUGAAGCUUUUCCGGGCCCAGAGGAAUCUCUACAUUGCUGGCUUUUCCUUGCUGCUGUCCUUCCUGCUUAGACGCCUGGUGACUCUGAUCUCCCAGCAGGCCACUCUGCUGGCCUCCAAUGAAGCCUUUAAAAAGCAAGCAGAGAGCGCCAGUGAGGCGGCCAAGAAAUACAUGGAGGAGAAUGAGCAGCUGAAGAAGGGAGCUGCUGUGGACAGAGGCAAGUUGGAUGUUGGUGACGCUGAGAUGAAGCUGGAGGAAGAGAACAGGAGCUUGAAGGCUGACCUGAAGAAACUGAAGGCUGACCUGGCCAGCACCAAGCAGAAGCUAGAGAAAGCCGAGAAUGAGGCCCUGGCCAUGCGGAAGCAGUCUGAGGGCCUCACCAAGGAGUACGACCGCCUGCUAGAUGAGCACGCCAAGCUGCAGGCCUUGGUAGAUGGUUCGACGGACAAGAAGGAGGAGUGAGCGGUUCCCGCCUCCCCUGCCUCUAGCUGCUUCCACCUGGCACAUGCCUGCUGCUUCCUGGGAGCCCGGCCUCUGCUCUGGGACUUCAGUUCACGCCAUUCCGUUCCCCAUCCCCUUCCACAGCUUGUUGCUCGUCAUUGGCCCUGUCCGUGCUCUCCCAGCACACCCCGAGAGCCAGUCACCACCCUUUCUGACCAAGUUUGCUGUCGUGCUGCCCAUAGAGCGGGGAGGGCCGGUGUGGCCCAGCCUGUGGCCGCCCUUGCUUCCUGCUGGUCUGAGCCCCCUUCGGUGUGGCUUGCAAGAGGUUGGCGAAGCCAGUGAGCUGCUUUCGUCUUGGCAAUAAAGGUUCUUACUAUGAUGAUGA